AUGUUUCAAGAACCCAUCGACCACACCAAACACGGAAUACCGCAAUUAGUCGCCGAAGACUUAGAUGACCCUUCAUCCACGCAAACUAGCCAUCAUCAGGAUCUCGCAGCUUGCAUGGAGCAAUACCCGGACCUUUUUGCUCUAGAAGAGAGCAUGACUAGUCAAGUUAAUCCUCGAGUGGACGAUGACAUCGCUUUGGGCCAAAUUGGUCUACCUAGUCUCUACCCCGUCGACAUGGGUCCUGUUGAUAUGGACUCGGACUUGAGCGUAUGGAACGACCUGUUCAACAACACAUACGCUAUCGACUCAUUUGCAAAUGACUAUGAUACACGGCAGUAUCAAAACAACAAUCAAUCUGAUCCGGAACUUUUCGCUGACUUUCUCCAACAGUGGGAGACGCCAAACAACGUCGAACCACAAGAUCAAACGAGUACAUGCCAUCAAAGGAUUGGGGAUAUGCAAGUUACUCCACAAUACGCAUUUGACCCCAGUCUACUAAACUAUCCAUCUGAAGAUGUCGUCCCUUUGGAUAGCGCGGAUACGUUCUUUGCUCAAACAGGAUGUGAUUCAAUACCUGUGCAGCCAACGCAGACUACACCUGGGUUCGCUGCGAUUCCAUAUGAUCCUCAUCUUUGGUCUUACCCACCUAUCCCCUAUCACGAACCCUUUGUGCGCCCCGAUUCAAUAUAUCCGGAUCCUUCCGACCUUAUGUACCCAACUCAACCUUAUUUUGUCACUCAACCUGACCUGUUCCACGGAUAUGUUCCUAUAAACCAGCCAAAGCAAAGUUUUGAGCUAGACCCAUUUCUAGAAGACUAUACUCAAAAUUAUACUUCCCAGCAGCAACUUCAAUACGAGCACGUAGAUGUUGAGCAUACCUCCAAAUCAAAGCCGGGACGAGAUAGUACAGACUGCGAUUCUGAAGAAGACGAUAGGCCCAUCAAGCAACCCCGUCGGCCUAAAGGCACCAACAAGAAGAACAAACCUAAGCUCACCUCCACCCACUCUGAAGAAGACUCUCGCCGCUUCUCAGCCGCCUCCUCGACGAGCUCCCUCGACAAGCCCGCGACGGUAAAAGUCUACCGCGCAGGUUGCAAGCCGCAAAAGCCCAAGGACAAAUGGUGGCUGCGCAUCAACAACAGCACCCAGGGCGAAACAACACGCACCGCCAAAAUCGAAGAAUGGAACAACGAGUACAAGUUCAAACCCCUCCCAAUCGGCAACUGGGCAACAGGCAAAUUUCAGUUCCAAUAUGCGCACAACUUUGAGUCGGAACAGCUCCAGGACACGCCCAUCUCCGCGCGCAAGGUGCACGAAUACAUCACCAAGUACCCAAAGGACGGGAAGAAGGGGCUAGUGCUGUGGAUUCAGCGCACGCCUGCGGACUCUGGGAGGCGGUACGGAUCAAAGGGGCACUCGGAGUGUCUCUUCAAAAACUGCCCCAAGCGGGUAGUAGGAGGCCAAGACGGGACUAUAGACGUGGGCCACUACCGCGUUGCGUUUGACGAGAAGUUCACUUUCUACGGCAAAAAGACCGAUCCGUAUGACUGCCCGGCCUACGCGCAUCUGUACUGCAUGGAGCGCUUCCUAGACUUCGAGUACAUCUGCGAGGUAGCCGAUGUGCGGGCGGACGUCCGAUCCGACAUGCCCCUCGAGCCCAACGGGAAGGCUGCGUUCUCCUUCCUGGGCAAGCCGCAGCUGCCCGUUCUCAAGAAGUUUGUCAAAGCCGCGGCUGUGGGGAAACUGCGCGACACGACGGAGUUUAGGGAGUAUCCGCGACAUGAGGAGUAUGCGCCUGGGAGUCGUAAGCUGCAUGAUCAUACGCUGGUGUAUCAUAUGAGUACGGCGAGUUGGGAUACGAAGACGAGGAGCUUGAAGAAACAGUUUCUGCAGCGCACUUUGACGCCUAAUCAGCAGGGUGUUAAUCGGGGGGAUCUGGAGAUGGCGAUGGUGGAUAAGAAGGUUAGGAAGAGGGGGAAGGGCAAGAAGAGAAAGAGCGCGGGGAAGGAGGCGAGUCUUAUGGAGCUGUACGAGGAGUGCGAUCCGGAGAUCACGCGUAGGAUGUCUUUGUUGAAGCGGGAGCUGGCUGACAUCCUGGCGGAGGAAGCAGCAGAGGAUGCAGACGAGACGGCGGGCAACGGGAGGAAGAGACCAAAGCAAAAGAAAAGGAAGCCGACUGAGGACGACGAAGAGGAUUACGCCUAUGCAGAUGGAGACGGUUCACCAGGCAAGAGACAACGCACACGUCACCCCCUCGAUGACCAGCAGCUACGAGUGCUGGACACCCACUCAGGCUCUGUUCUCUCCCUCUCUCCCCCGUGCCACGACGACCAGUGCUGCCCGCCCGCUAACCUCUCUCUCCUCGACCCGCAAUUGGACUGGCUCCCCACUGGCCCCACCCCCGUCUUCCCCGAGCUCAGCAUCGACGACUUCCCCAAACCCGAAACCCAGGUCCCCUCUCUAAGCGAUCCCGAGGUGCAGAAACUAUUCGCCCUGCAACGACGCCAGAGUAAUGCAGGGCUGGCGCCGAGCGGGGGCAUCAUGAAGAGCCCCAGUCACGGGACGAAGGAGCCCAAACACGCUGGCUUCGAGAGGCAACCGGUCAGCGGGCAGAAAGAGUAUCGCGUCGAUGAUCCGCCGAGAGUAGUGUCGGGGGCUACGGGCGAGCGUAGGAGUGCGCGGAUUGCUGCGAAGCAGGGAGGGAGCUGA